UGAAUGCAAACUUGAUUUGUUUAGAUCACUGUCGCUUAUUAAUGGAGUGCCUUUCAAAAGAUUUUUAUGGUUUUUAUAAAUAUUUAUAACUUUAUAUUUAUUUAGUGUGUACUGCAAAAAUUUUAUUUGUAAUUUAGGUUAAUUUUAUCUGAACUGAAGUGUAUGUUGUUACCAGACAGACAGUAUUUGUUAUUUUCCUUGUGUAGUUGUGUUGUCCAAGUAAGAUAGUUUUCAGAUCCUCAAUGGAUUCCGCCAUUAUUACUAUGUCAUCGUCAAAUCGAAGGCAACAACUAAAGCAGAAAUAUGAGUAAAUCUGCCGAAAGGAUUCAUAUUAAUGGAAUCUUAUACGACAAGGAAAUACUGAAGACAGAUCUAGUCCGUCCAUCUUUAUUAACUGUUGACAGUAAUUCUAACACACUAUACUUCAGUUUUAUUUCUAAAGAUGAUGAAAACUAUAAAUCUGCUAGAUUAGAUCUCAAUACGAAACAGUUCAACACAAUAGACGAUGUAGUUGGUGGGUACGCUCAUGCUGCAGACCAGAAAACUGGUGAUGUAUACAUAGGUUGCGAUGAUGGCCUUUAUAAAUAUGAUCCCAUAACAAACAAAACUGAAUUCAUUGGUGAGAAAGGAGGUAAUAUUUUGAGUAUUUUCUACAAAGAUGUUUUAUACUAUACCAAACUGGGAACAUUGAGAUUUUUACACACUUUCACAAAUGGCGAAGCUUCGAGAUGUUUAGAACUACAAGAUUUGGAAGUAGAAAAUUUCUGUAUUGAUAAUGAGGACAUGAUGUUCUUUGUCAACGACAACGGCAUUUAUGGUCAAAAAAAAGGUACUUAUCAUGCAACGCUGUACGAGGGAUUACCAGACGAUUAUGCGGAAUGCCUGACAGCUGAUGUAAACGGUGUUGUUCACGUUUGCUACAGAGGUAAAGGUAUAUUUAAGAUCAAUAAAGAAACUGCUUGUAUAGAAAAAGUUGCAGAUCUAGGUAAAGAUUUUGGAGCGACAGCUACGUUUGACAAGGACAACAACAUCGUAUAUGCAGACGCGACGAGAGUUAUACGACUGGUACCUACUGUAGAUGUUUGAUCAAGUCGCUACAAGCCUGUUUAUAUUUGACUAUAAUAUUAAAUAAAGUCUAAUGAAGUAUUUAUUAAUUGACAUGAAAUUGUGUUUGAUAUAUUUUUCUAUCAACUUAUUUGUGUCUAUUUGUACCUAUUGUUUUUUUUUUAAAUUUGCAUGUCUAAUCAUGGCCAAAUAUAUGAACUUAUAAAUAUUGUUAACUUCAAUAUAAUUGCCAUGUUUCUUGCAAAUUUCAUUCAUUCAUUCAGACUUCGUUAAAUGGUAUUGCACAGUGCACAAACUGUGAAAUGGAGUAAUUAGAUGAUAGUUUACAUAAUAAUAUAGAUAAUGUACCUUC